AUGUCUUCAUCGGGAGCAAAUAAUAGUACUAAUAAUACUAAUGAAGAGACUAAAACAACAAUUUAUUCAAUGCUUACAGAUCAGCCUAUAACAAUUCCUGAUUCUUGUCUUUUUGGUACAUGUAGACCGGUAUCUGAAUUUGAAAAAUUAAAUUGUAUUGGUAAAGGUACAUAUGGUGUAGUUUAUCGUGGCCGGGAUAAAAUUAGUCAAGAAAUAGUUGCAUUAAAAAAAGUUCGUAUGGA